AUGCCGUCCAAAUCAUCUGGACGCAUCGAAAAAGUGCGGAAAAACAAAUACUCAACACCCCAUCAAAAAAAUCACAGAUGGGAGUCCUUCUCCACGAAAAUCUCAAAGUUUAAUUCCCUUCAACCGCUGCGAAAAGUUAGACGGCAUGAUCUCGAAAACGAAGACCUGUCGACGGCCACAUCGUACUUUCACAAUGGACUGCAAAAGUGGAGCGAACUGAAUAUCUCAAAACCAUUCUGCUUUUUCAGGCGAGAUGUGCUGCCACUAUCAGAAAGCUUGCCGCAGAUUCUGCACUUUGAAGAUAAGAUCAUGGGAUAUCUCGCCCAAUAUAUUUCUCUUGGUGACAAAGAUGCAUUGGAGCCUCUUUUAGACCUCAUGACUGCCUUUGCGCAUGAUUUGGGUGUACGAUUCGAGAAGCACUAUUUGCAGAGCAUAAAUUUGUUGCUGGACAUUGCUGGCAAGACUCAGCCUGUAGAGGUUAUUGAAUGGACCUUUGGUGCUAUGGCAUUCUUGUUUAAGUAUCUCUCGAAGCUUCUCAUUCCCGACUUACGACCAACGUACGAUCUUAUGGCGCCAUUGCUCGGACGAUCACGACACCCUCAGUACAUUGCUCGCUUCGCCGCUGAAGCAAUGAGCUUUCUCGUGAAGAAGGCGGCUGCGCCUUCUCACAGAGAGAUGGCCCUCAAGUCUUUUGUUGAGCAUGUCAGAAACGAUCUCAUUGGCGCGGCUGAAACGCAUCAAUUUACCCUGUACAAUGAUGGUGUGAUGACCAUGUUUGCUGAGGCUAUCAAAGGAACUGAUGGCAUGAUUCAUUCUACUGGAGGUGCCAUUGUAUCGGCCCUCAUUGACGCAAUUCCAGAGAACGAAUGUACGCUGUCUCGAGAGAAUAUUUGGUCGGAUGUCAUAUGUGGAGUCUUGACCAGCGUUCUGCACCACGGGAGGGCAGACACCAUGAGCGAGUUUUUGGAAGAGAUAUUCACAAAGCUUAGAUCUAAGAAGGAGCUUGUGGAAGGAGCCCAGGUACAGUGGAAGGCCGUGCCAUAUAUCAAGAUUCUCGGUGUUUUAGCUGGAGUUAGACGAGGGUCUCGUAUCAGCAAUUGGGAUGGGCUUCUUCGAGAUUUCACCGACAUUCUGAGCAUGACGGGCAAAGAAUCCAAGGAGAUAAGACCGGAUCAAGUUGAUAUCUUGUGGAACUCCAUCAUGAUCAAAGUCGCCAUCGUUUGGCACCAUGCACCUAUGGACGCCUUGAUACCCCAUAUCGCAACUCUCAACCAAACACUCACGAAAGAACCCUUUAUGCGAUGGUUCAUUCCUUUCUGCGCAUAUUUUUGCGAUCUUGACACUAGCCGCUUUGGUAGCCUUUUCCGAUCUGAGUUUCAGAGGUUUGUUGCUGGUCACUGGUCGCAAGGGAAAAACGAGGAUGUCCUUUGCGUCUUGCUUCCAAAGAUGAUCAAAAUAUGGGCUUUCCCACCGCUAGGCGAGAAGGAUUGUUGCAGAUUGCCACAAGCCUGGCAGGACCAAAUUGUGUCAAAGUUCGAGCGCCUAGAAAUCUCGCCCUUUCCUGAGCGUGGACCGUACAACAAAGACCCUCAAGAGUGGCGGGAUCGGUGUUUACCAAAAUACGCUGGUUUGCUGCAGCUUCUUGAGCUUACCGCCGUACACCCGUCUACGAAUGCCCGAAUUGCCGAGUUGUUAUCAAGAAAGCUGAAACUGGCUCUUCGACCAUCCUCAUCCUUGGCCUCUGAUGAGGUUCAUUUUAUCGUUAGCCAAGGAUUUCAUGCUUAUUUGCGCAUGAGCAAGGCUGCUGGAUCAAUUGACACCUCUUUGAGCCCGUUACUUCGUGCAGCAGUGCCGAGAUUUGCACGCUCGGUCGGGUUUCUGCAAGCAUAUCUGGCUUACGAGAAGGCUCAUCAAACGGGUGCUCCUGCAACCUCUGAUAAGAUGGAGAUAACAGGUGGCGACAGUCCAACAUCAGAAGAAGACCCUAUGGUUGUAUCUUUGGUGGAAAACCUCAGCUCACCUUCUCACGAAAUCCGAUUAGCGUCCCUGGAGCUGCUGAAGCGGAUGAGCGAAACCGAGGCAUUGACGAACUGCGUGGAAACCAUGCUGCAAAUUGAACAGAUGCCGUUGAGUCAUGAGAACACCAGAACUAUCGCAAUGCACCUGCGGAAAAUUGGGCUGCACUACAACGCCAUCGAUGCGUCAACCUGGCUGCGGGACGGAAUCCCAAGAUUCAUAUUUGGUCUAUUGACUGUGAAGCUGUCCCCUGUAUGGGACGAAGCGGUGGAGAACCUGAAAUACCUCACUCAGUCUAGUAUAGGAGAAGAAGCUGUUUCUGCUAUCGCAUUUCAGUGGAUUAACCGGCCAUCCACAAGAUGGACACCGCCUAAUCCCGACAGUGCUGGUGGAGAUCGGAGAUUCUACACGGAUUUCGAAUGCACUGCUCUGGGGAGACUGGAACAAUUGGCCAACGUAAUACAAGACCUGACCGAGAAGGCAGACGAUUCGCUUCUCAAAAAUUUCGAUGAGAAACAACAUUUAGCUGAGCACACGCCGCCUACUGCAAGAUCGAGAGCUCUCAAAGUCUUCAAUGCUGCUCCAGCUGUUGCCGAAAAACGGUCCCGGCAGCUUGUCCCUCACUUCCUGUGCUGGGCAAUAGAAGAAGAUGAAGCCGAUGGUAGUGAAGCUGCACGUGCUCAAGCAUCGACUUGGUCUCUGGCUGACCGCAAGGCUCUUCUGGGCGUUUUUGCACAGUUCAUCAAUCCAAAAGUGCUCUAUCAACAUGAAAAAGUUUACGAAGCACUGCUGUUGCUUAUGGAGAAUGGCGACGUCGAAGUACAGAAGCUGGCUCUUAAAGCUAUUUUGAGCUGGAAACAAGAUGGUGUCAAGGCAUACCAGGAGAACCUGGAGUACCUUCUUGAUGAAGCCCGAUUCAAGAACGAGCUUGCAGUAUUUCUCCAGGGGGAGGAUGUUAUCAAACCGGAGCACCGAUCCGAGCUAAUGCCAGUGCUGCUUCGCCUCCUCUAUGGCCGAACCAUUGCCAAGAAGGGUGCUGCCAGUGGGAGGAAUGGGCUGCAGGCCACUCGACUUGCUGUACUGCGAAACCUUUCGGUUGAAGACAUGGGAAGUUUUCUUGAAAUUGCCGCAGGCAAGUUGAAGCAUGUUCAAGUUACGGUGACAAAGGCCCAGCGAAAGAAGCUGUUCAGCGAACCUAUUAUCACGACCCGGAAACAAGUUGGCUUUUUAAACAUGAUCUCAUCUCUUAUUUCUGAACUGGGGGCUAAUGUCGAACCAUACACGAAUACCCUUGUCAAUGCGGUCUUGUACUGUCUUGUUUAUUCUUCAAGACAGCUACGUGGCACGUCUGGAGACGAUGAUGCCAGGGACGAAGAACUUGAUGAGAAGGUCAGCGACUUGUCAUUACUCAAAUCGGCAAGGUCCAUGGGUAUCAAGUGCCUAACAGCACUCUUUCAAAAUGCACAAAAGUUUCAAUGGGAUCCUUACCAAGAACUGAUAAUCGAGGAGGUUGUGGCGCCCAGGCUUGAUCUGCUCCCAGUUGAGACGACGCAAGGCGUUUCUGGCAUGCUUCACUUGCUUUCUACUUGGUCAGCUCUGCCAAAGGCGGCCAUGUUCCUUGGUCCACAUGGCGAGGUUCUACCGCAGGGUGUGCUGCCAAACUUGGUUGACUGCAUAUCCAAGGAAAAGACAAAAGAUGAGGUGAAGAUAUUUGUGCUUACAAUUCUCCAAAAUCUAGUCAAACUUGCCUUGGCACCAGCCCAGGAAUCUGAGUUCAAUGAGAUUAUUAAGGCUGACCUCCUGGAAGCCAACGCUACGGAAAUUCUGUCAAAGAUCACAGUCGUCUUGCAUACCGGUGGUAUCAGCAAUGCUCUCCUAGAGGCUUCUGUAGAGACCGUCUUGGCUCUCGCGCCGGUUUUGCAGGACUUGGAUAAUACUCAAACCGUCAUUCGCAUGUGUAGCUUCCUCUUGCAGCAACCCCCUCGCCGAGUUAAUCCAAGGACGAAAGGUCGAAUUUUGCUCAUCGUUGAACGUUUUGUGGCAUUGCAUGACGCAGCCAAGGACCAGGCCUUAUUGUCAGAUGUUUACAACACUCUUUCGUCCUUGUUCAGUUACUUCAAAGAUAGGGAGAACCGCCAUUCUCUUUCCAGAGCUAUGUUGGCGAUUUCCCAACAGGAUUCCGAAGUCGCAGAAAUAGCCAGUCUCUGCAACGAACUGAACACUUUCAAGGAGGGUCGAAUUGAUGAACCGGAUUAUGACCGUCGUCUUGCUGCUUUCAACGCUAUUUCUAUGGUUCAUGAUGUUCCCUGGAGUCCCAAGCAAUGGCUUCCCGUUAUUCAUAAUCUCAUCUUUUUUAUUCGCAUGGAUGAAGAAUUUGGUGUUUUGUCGUCAAAUUCUGCAGAUGGUAUGCGACGCUAUAUCCAGGAUGUGGCAAACUGUCAGCCAGAUGAGGUGAAGCCCACCUUUGAUAAUCAGAUGCGUACAGUUCUUCUGCCUGCAUUAUACGCUGGCUCAAGAGAGCAAUCAGGCACUGUACGCAGAGAAUACUUGCGUGUCAUGGGCUACAUCAUUACCGUAAUGCCCGGGUGGGAACCCGUUGCCGAUCUAAGCGGGCUUCUGACCGAACGCAAUGAAGAUUCAUCCGAACCGUCUUUCUUCUUCAAUAUUUUGAGUCCUGCUACUUCGAGACAGUUAGAGGCUCUACGAACUCUUGAAACAGCGAACACCGUGAAGCAAAUGGGCAGUCCGAACCUGAGCCAAUUUUUCAUCCCUUUACUGGAGCACUUCAUCUACGGACGUGAGUAUGGUAGUGAUGAUCACGGACUUGGAGCGCAGGCUACGACUACGAUUGGUAAUCUGGCGCUGUCUUUGAAUUGGAACCAUUACCGAAUGACUCUCUAUCGAUAUAUUAGCUACAUCGAAUCAAGACCAGAGAUGCAGAAGAGCACCAUCCGACUCCUAGGAAAAUUUGUGGACGCCCUCGUUCUGUCAUCGGAGAAGAACAAAAAUGAUGGCACGGAUGUGGAUGGAGACGAGGUGAAGGCGACUUGCUUGAGACUCCAGGCCACUGUCCCAACUAUUACUAAACUGUCCGUUGACGUACUUGACUAUAUCCUACCACCUUUGAUCAAGCACCUGCACGAGAAGGACGAGUCUGAAGUUAGCUACCGUGUGCCUGUCGGCGUUGUGGUCGUAAAACUAUUGAAACUGCUGCCUCCGGAGCAGAUGGAGCAGAAGCUGGCUGGAGUUCUCACCGACAUAUGCCAUAUUCUCCGAAGUAAAGCCUGGGAAGCUCGUGAAAUGGCACGGGACACUUUGGUCAAUAUUGCGGUUGUUCUCGGAUCCUCUUUCUUCGGCUUCAUUCUCAAAGAACUACGUGGAGCCCUUACGAAAGGUUACCAGUUGCAUGUUCUCUCAUAUACGAUGCAUUCUAUCCUGGUUGCCACAAUACCUACUUUUGCGACUGGUGACCUGGAUCACUGCCUUCCUUCCAUUGUUACCGUUAUUAUGGAUGAUAUUUUUGGCGUCAUCGGCCAAGAGAAGGACGCCGAAGGCUACACGACACAAAUGAAGGAGAUCAAGAGCAGCAAGAGUCAAGACUCCAUGGAACUGGUGGCUAAGAACGCGUCUAUUCGCCACCUCAUUGAUCUAGUUAAGCCGCUACAGGCUCUUCUGCUGCAAAAGGUUGACUUAAAACUGGUGCGCAAAAUCGAUGCUUUGAUGGGCCGCAUCGGCUCUGGCCUUCUCCAAAACCCUGACGCUGGCUCUCGGAAUACUCUGGUUUUCUGCUACGAGAUCAUUCAAGACACAUAUCGAAGCCAGAAACCAGAAGAAGCCCCAAGGAUGGAUCCUAGGGUGAGAAAGUAUCUUGUUCAGAAGGGAGCAAAAAGGAGUGGCGAGCGCGGUAGCACGACGAAGCACACUUAUAAGCUGGUGCGCUUCGCUUUCGACACUUUGCGAUCCAUGUUCAAGAAGCAUGAAGACCUGCGAACCCCGGAAAAUGUUGCAGGAUUCCUUCCUAUCAUCGGAGAUGCUAUCAUUGAUGGGGAGGAUGAAGUGAAGAUCUCCGCAUUUCGUCUUCUGGCAACACUUGUAAAGGUCCCAUUCAACUCCGAAGAUGGCACCGGCAUCUACCGGGUUGCGGUGAAGGAAGUUUUCAAGAGCAUAUCGCAGUCAACGUCCACGACGACAGAAAUAUCCCAAGCAGCUGUCAAACUUUUGGCUGUAUUACUACGUGAUCGCAAGGAGGUCGUGGUCAAGGACGCUGCGGUUGAUAUGCUCCUUGGAAAACUCAAGGAUGAUUUUACAGAACCUCUUUAUCGACAUGUUACCUUUAACUUUUUGCGAUCUGUUAUGGUUCGUAAGAUUGAGACGGCUACAGUUUAUGAUACUUUGGACUAUGUGGGUACGGUUAUGAUUACGAACGAUGACAAAGACACGAGGGAUCUAGCUCGUGGUGCCUUCUUCCAAUUUAUCAGGGAAUACCCCCAAAAGAAGGCUCGUUGGGCUAAGCAGCUGAACUUCAUUGUAGCCAAUUUGAAGUAUGAUCGAGAGGGCGGUCGCUUGUCAGUUAUGGAAAUCGUGCAUCUCUUGCUCAUGAAGUCUUCUAAUGACUUUGUUCAAGAAAUAGUGGGCACAUGUUUCCUGCCGCUAUUCUUUGUUCUUGCCAAUGACGAUAGCGAGAAAUGUCGACUGUCAGCAGGGGAGCUGAUGAAGGAGAUAUUCCAGAAGGCUGAUAAGGAAAGAAUCCAGCAUAUCCUCGGACUCCUACGAACAUGGCUUGAUAAGGAAGAUAAUCCGGCUGUGCAGAAACUGGCUUUGCAAAUCUUUGGCUACUACUUUGAAUCGUAUGGCGAUGCUCAAAAUAACAAGAAGGAUUGCAGACUAGUUUUGAACAGAUCUGCAGCUAUUUUGAAGGCGGAAGACAUCAAGAACACUAAUAGCCAGCUAAUCGAGACGACACUCGGUGUUGCUCGCCUGUUUGGCGGGUGUAUGAGUGAGGAGGCGCUGUCCGCAAAAAGGGAAGAACUAUGGAGAGACGUUGCUCGAUAUCUCCGUCAUCCUGAGCCAUCUGUGAAGCUAGCGGCGGUGAGAUCAGUAAAUUCUUACCUUGCCGAUUUCGCCAGACAGCGCACUGAAGCCUUCAUCGGAGAGGCUAUUGAUGGGUCGUACGGUCUCACACUCCAUCUCGAAGACAUGUACAAUUUUACGCGGCUCGCACUUGGCUCCCUGAACAGCAACGAUAUUGAUGAGGAUCUUGCCUCGGAGCUGGUGCAGGUAAUUGUCUUCCUUGGAACCUGUCUCCCCGUCUCAACGACUGUCGAAACAGACGUUGAAGAAGACGAGGAUGAGGAGCAAGAUGAAGACGAGGCAGUCUCAGGACAACGGGAAGGUGUUGGCUAUCUCUUCUGGAGACUAUCACAUAUUCUCCGAAGAGAAAUUCCUCCCAGAUCAUUGGCGAUUAACUCGAAAGUCGCUGCCAUGGAAAUCUUGGAGACUGUCUGCCGACGUGUACUCAGCACUCCCGGCCGACCUCCGCUCAAGACUGUGCUUGUGCCUCUGCAACAGUUGACUGAUCGCUCCAUUCCUGCCCCUUUUAGUAAUGAUGAAGUAUUCAAGACUAAGCUUGAAGGGGUCAAGACCAGAGCUCAAAUUAUGAUGGACUCCCUCCAAAAGAAGUUUGGCACUGCAGAGUACAGCAAGGUUCUUAUGGAAAUCAGGGAAGAAGUAAAGGCAAGAAGACAGCAGCGAUCGAGCAAGAGAAAGAUUGAAGCAAUUACGCAACCGGAGAAGUAUGGACGAGACAAGAGAAAGAAGUUCGAGAAGAAUAAGGAGAGGAGGAAAGUACGAUCAAGGGAACAAAAGCAGGCGAGGCAAUCAUUCAAGAGCUGGUAG